AUUAAUUUUUUUCAUCUGUGUUUUCGAAUAUCUGACAGUCAUCAGCUAAUUCAAAUUCGUAAUUCCAUUGUGUUGUGUAUUAAAUAAUAGUAAUCAGAUUUUAAUAAGAUGAGCUCCUGUAUUGAGGAAUUAAAUCUUCUUGAGCGUGUAUUCCUCAGACUUGGAUCUACUGAAACAGAUCAACAACUUGAAAAUGUAUUAGAUAAAUUUUUACCUCCAGUUUUACUCAAACUUUCAUCUCCUCAUGAGGAAGUGCGUAAAAAGGUCAUGGAUAUACUUACGCAUAUAAAUAAAAGAUUAAAAACUCGACCUGAAGUUCAAUUGCCAGUGGAAGCUCUCUUAAAUCAGUAUAAAGAUCCUGAAGCUAGUUCAUUUGUGACUAAUUUUUCCAUUAUUUAUAUCAAAUUAGGGUUACCUCGUCUAUCAUUAGAAAAGCAAUACAAUCUUUUUCCUGCUAUUUUAAGUGCUCUACAGGGCAAACCACAGGCGCAUAUUGAUUCCCUACUCUCUGCGCUUCUUCCUGUAUUUCGUAACAUGAAGAAUUCAAAUCUAACAGAAGUGCCCUCUAUUGAUGGGCUAGAUGAAAAACCUGAACUGAAGAAAUAUUUACUGGGAUAUUUACUUGAUGUUCUCUUAUUACCUUACAGUGCUGUAGAAUCUACUUCUGGAGAAAACACUGGAAUUCCUCCUGCAAUGAGUGAAUAUUCUUUUAAAAGGGUUACUACCCAUUCAACUCCAAUGACUGGUCUUGAAUUAGAAGAGCUGAAAAUUGGUAUUGUGAAAUUUAUUUCUCAAGGAAACUUUAAAGAUGAGGACAUUAUUCUCCCCCUAACAGUUGCAUCCUCUGAUACAAGAUGUGAUGUUGGAGAGUUAGCUGAUGGUCAACUCAGGAAAAUAGAUCGAACUAUUGAUUGGACUUCAUCGAGUAUAAUGUCGCCAAUAUAUAAAAUGUUUCUUGGAAGUCAGGGUAAUGUUAAACAGGACCAAAAAAAAUCCCCUGCUAGUGUGAGGCAACGAAUAAAAUUGUAUGAUCUUUUGAUUAAAGGAAAAGACGAUGGUAUCAUGUUUCCCAUGUGUGUUCAAGUAAUAUUUGACUCUUUAUAUGGAAAAGAGUCUCAUAGAAAAUUGAAGAAUUCUGCUAUGAUUUUUAUAUAUGAAAUCAUAAAAUACGCAAAGACUGAAUCUCUGGGCAAAUUCGCAUCUAUUAUUCUCCAAGGUCUUAAAAAAUAUACAACUGAAGGCGAAGAUUCACGUUCGAUAGGUCAUGCAUACAUCUUGAUAGGUCGAUUAGCCCAAAAGUUUCCCAACAUUGUCUACCAUGACUUUGCACUAUUGGAACAUUACAUGUCUAACUUGGAGAAUCAAGGAAUUUCUGAAUCAGAUAUACGUACAGGAUUUUUGGAACUCAUUACAGCUUAUAAAUAUGAUUUUAAUCCUGAUGAGGCAAAUCAGAAUGGAAGACUUGAAUUAAUUUUUAAUUUGGCUAAAGGCAGAAGUGAUUCCGAAGAGACAGCAGUACGUUUUGUUGUUGUGAAAAUAUUGGCUAAUAUCUUUCCUCCAAAUCAUGUACCUUCCAAAUUUCUACUUUUAAAGGCUUGUGGAGAUAUAAAGGAAGAGGUGUCCUCAGAAGCCUACGUAUCAUUAUAUGGUACAUCAAGAAAAGAAGAUAUAAAUCUUUCUAAUAUGACUCACAAACAAGUCACUCUACCUUCAUUCACAGAAUUUAUGCAAUACAUCGAGAAUGAAAAUAAGAACCACGAUUCUGAAAAUAAAAGUCUGCCGUAUUCAGUUGAAGUGUUCAAGGAGGUUCUUAUAUAUACCAGACUAUGCCUUAUUCAAGAUGCCAAUGUACCUUUGGUUAGAGAAAUAAUGAAUCAUCCUUGUGAUGAUACCCCAAUAAUUGCAGAACAUCUGAGGAAAAGAUAUGUUGAGCCUACCGAUAUAGAUAGUGAAGCAUUUAAGAUUUACCUGAAAUUAUGCAGAAAGGUUUUGAUAUCGAACUCUGCAAUCGAAGCACUGAGUUGCUUAGUUGAGGCAAUUGGUUGUCUACCUCAAUAUUCUACUGUUCUUUCUGAAGACAUCCCUUGGAUUCAAAAUCAGUUGCUAAGUUCGAAUCGAGCAGAAGUAAGAGAAUUUGCAGCAAUUUUGUAUGGCUUACUUUUGAUAAAUCAAAAAUAUAAGGAGUUUGAAGAGAAUAUUAAAAACCUUAUCAAACAAGCCAAUCACAAAACUCUUGAAGUACAACAUGGAGCAUUAUUAGCUAUUGGCAAUUGCUUAGAGUUGAGAUUGCGUAACAAGAAAGAGAUGAUGGAUUCUCUCCUUUCAGAUGCUAUUUAUUUACUGAAUGAUUUCUUAACGAAUUCGAAUGCCUUAUUAUCUGGUGGAGCUUGUGACAGUUUAGGCACCAUAGGAAGUUGUACUUCCUUGCCCAUUAAGAAUGGAAAAAUUAAUGAAAGUCCGGAUCCUAAGAAACCUACUGCAGAAUCAGUUACCAAAGCAUGUUUGGUGAUAAAACUUUUGGAUAUUUUAAAUGAUAAAAAAUUGAGUAGUAAACUUAAGGAGAAAGCUGCACAUACACUGGGUUCAUUAUGUGUUGGUGAGAAGUUCCCUCAUACCAAAAAUGUCUUGGAAGGAUUAUUAGAAACAGCAAAACAGACUAAAGAUGUUGAAGUUCAUUUUACUAUUGGUGAAUCUUUAGUAAUGUGCAUACAAAGUAUCUAUUCUUCUGAAGCCAGAAAUAAAUGGAUAGAAAAAAGAGCGGAAUUUGAAACUGAUGAGAAUGAUACUUUCCCUGAUGAAAAUCUGGAUUGGUUGCUGAGCCAAUUAUUGAAAAUAAGUGAUAACACCAAUCCUAACUCCAGACAAGCUUCUUCCAUUUGGUUGUUAGCUAUUGUUAAGAGUUGUGGUAAAAGGGAACCUAUUUCAAAACGGUUGGAUACAUUGCAGAAUACUUUCCUUGGAUUUCUUGCAGAAAAUAAUGAUAUUGUUCAAGAUGUUGCUUCUAAGGGUCUUUGUGUUUUCUAUGACACCUACAAGUCGGAAGAGCUUUUAUCUACUUUAGUUAGACAAUUGACUACUGGUGCAAGGCAAGUUCAAAAAGUUUCCAGUGAUACAAAAUUAUUUGAGGAUGGUCAGUUGGGAUCUUCUCCUACAGGGGGAAAUCUUACUACUUAUAAGGAACUGUGUUCUUUAGCUUCAGAUUUGAAUAAACCUGAUCUGGUUUAUCAAUUCAUGAAUCUAGCUAAUCACAACGCUAUGUGGAAUUCCAAAAAAGGCGCUGCAUUUGGGUUCUCAACAAUUGCGCAGAAAUGUGGAGAAGAAUUGAAAACCUAUCUUCCUGAUAUUGUCCCUAAAUUAUACAGAUACCAAUAUGAUCCUUCUCCUCGUAUUCAAAAUUCCAUGGUCAAUAUUUGGAAAGUAUUAGUUUCAGAUAAUCAGAAAGUGGUUGAAGAAUAUUUCCAAGAAAUUCUUAAAGACCUUCUCGAACAUUUGAACUCAGGCCAAUAUAGAGUAAGGCAGUCUUGUUGUCGAGCUAUUUGUGAUCUUCUGAAGAGUUCAGGAAACAAAUCGGUCCAUGAUGCUGUAGAUUGUAUGAAUGAAUUGUGGACUAAAUUGUUCCGAGUAAUGGACGAUCAUCAUGAAGAAACAAGAGUAGUGGCAAAAAACACUGCCAAAAAUUUGAGCAAACUUUGCGUACAAGCUUGUGCUAAAUCGCAAGGAGAAGCUGGAGUGAAAAUGAUUCAAGCAGUAUUACCUCCUAUGUUGGAGAUUGGUAUAACGAGUAAAGUGCUUGAGAUACGUUUACUGAGUCUGUCGGUUGUUGAACAAUUGGUAGAUUCCUGUGGUGAACAGCUUAGACCGUUUCUACCAACUGUCAUACCUGCUCUACUGAGAGCAACUCAGGAUCUUGAGUCUGUUAAACUAUCUUACCUAAGUACUAGAUUAGGAGGAACGCAGUCUCAAGAAUUAUUAGAUGAAGCCAGGGCUUCUAUGGUCAAAUCGUAUGUGACAAUUGAAACAAUCACCAAAUGUAUGAACUACAUUGAUACUACCAUUUUCAACGAACUGGUACCUAACAUUAUUGAUUUGAUGAAGAACUCGAUGGCAUUGGCAACUCGUAUUGGAUGUGCACACUGUGUAGAAUUAUUGGUGAUUAGUAGGUCGCAGGAGAUGCAACCGUAUUCCAAAAAACUUAUAUCUGCUCUUACUCGUGGUUUGAAAGAUAGAAACAUUGCUAUAAGAAAACAAUAUGCACGAACUAUUGGAUUUGUUGCUGGUGUAUCUAAAGAGUCGGCUCUUGAGAAACUUAUAGAUACUUUGGAUUCAUGGUAUCUUGAGGCAAAGGAACCGACCAUCAAAACAGCGGUGGCUUAUGCUGUUCAGGCUAUAAGUAGACAUAGUUCCCAAGUAAUGAAGGAAUAUUCACAUAUUUUACUACCUUUAAUCUUCUUUGCUAUGCAUGAUGAGAAAACUCCUGAAAAUGCGAGUAUCUUGCAAAUAUGGGAAGAACUAUGGUCUGAUAAUACUCCAGGAUCGGAAGCUGGAAUCCGACAAAAUCUCACAUAUAUUCUUGAUACUAUAAAAUCUGCUUUGGCUUCAUCAUAUUGGAUGUCGAAAGCUCAGGCAGCAAACGCAAUAGCAACGAUGGCGAAUAAACUGGGUUCUACUCUGGAUAUCAAGAACUUGACAACUUUGAUCGAUAUUUUGUUGCAAAAUUUGGAAGGAAGAACUUGGAAUGGUAAAGAAAAACUUCUGAAAGCUUUAAGUAGCAUAUGCACUAAUUGCAAGGAUCUUUUGAACGAAUCCGAAGACUUAAGAAGACAAAUUGCUGAAUCAAUAUUGAAACAAUCCAGGAAGGAUAAUAUUGAAUACAAAGUCCAAGCACUCAAAUCAUUAGGAGAUAUUCUUUCGUCACUCAAUAUUGACAAAUUUGACGAAGUGUACAAAAUAGUUAAGGACAUUUUGAUUGAAAAUGGGGAUAAUAGAGACAACGAUGAUGAAGAUUUGACUGCCGAGGAAAUACUUACCAAUAGAGAAAAUAAAAUUCAAUUGAAAGUGGCAGCAUAUGAAGCUUUGGGCAAAAGUUGGAUAUCAACUACCAAAGAAACACAAGAAAAAUACAGGGUGUUAUUUGUUGAACAUUGUGUGGCCUUUCUGCCAAAAAUUACCCGAGUUAUUCAAGUUAGCGUAUUAGAGGCAUUAUAUAAUUAUGUUCAAAAUUUGAAACUUUUGAACGAAGAAACUUUGUCUCAGGAGGAAGAGGAAACUUUGCAAACUAUCAUAGAUAAUAUUUUACUAUCAAUGGAGUACUCCUUAGGUAUCUCUAAAUUUACGAGAUUGAGAAAAGAAGCACUGAAUAUCAUACUUAGUCUUUUGAAAAAACUGAUAGCUAACCAGAGGACUAAGGAAAAAUUGAAAGUAUCUUCAAUGUUCAAUACAGCUCUUUGUGAAUUACAACAGGAUACUAGUCCAGAAAUCAAAUCAAGAAUUAUAGAUAUAAGAAAACUUAUAGGAUAACAAAGUAACGAUUAUUAAUUAUUCUUUCUUAUGGUGUAAUAUAUUUUAUCAUUUGGAUGCAAAUUUCAAUUAUUUCAGCCUAUCGUUAAAUUUUGUCUUCGAUGGAAAAAUUCAAACAAAAGUAUUGUGUUUUUGGAAAUUUGUAUGAUUAAAAUGGCAGUACCAAAUUGGUGUCAUGAUUUUCAAUUGAAUAAUUUUGUUUUUAUGAAGUUUAUCAAAAUUGGAUUUUUCAAAGAGUUUUAAUUGAAGUGUUAAAUUGUUGUAUUUAAGUAUUUUUGCAGAAAUAAUUAAUUUGGAAAAUAAUUGUUCCAGUUCCUUCGAGUUCCUAAGAAAAUGAAUUAAUUAGUAGUAGACCACAUUAGUGAGGUUAGGCAGAAAUUUUAAAUUGUGAUCUAUAUGUUAAAUGGAUUUCUUAAUUUCUCAUGCAUUUUUUAUGGCACCUUUAAUUAUGCCUGUUUUAUUGCUUUCGGUAAUUUUGUGAGUUUUAUUCUUGUUACUCCAAAGAUUUUCAAAACCAAUCUAUAAUCGAUAUUUCACAAUAAAUUGAUAUAUUUUUUAACCAAUAGAGUACAGGGUGUCCCACAGUAGGUGUAACAGAACAAUAUGUUAGAUAGUACUAAUGAAAAUUAAAAACAAAUUCUCACUUCCGAUACACAAGGUGUUGCAGUUGGAAAGAAUAACUCUUUUUUUUUUUACAAUAUUUCGGAAAUGGCUGAAAAUAUUUUGAUGCAACUCUUAAUAUUUUCGAAAUUUUUUUGGCGGGAUUGAAAGUAUGAAGGUAUUUUGUAAAAAUUGUAUUUGUACUAGAAAAUUGGCCUAAAACAUUGUACGAUUUGGUGGUUCAUAAAAAACGAAUACUCGGAAAUUUUUAAUGAAAAAUUGGGGUAGUUGAGAUAGAAAGAAAAUUAAUGUAAAUUAGUACUACCUACCCUAUUAGUUUGUUACAUCCUCUCUGGCUCUCCUAUAUAGGUACAGAAAUCUUUUUAAAUAUUCUCUUCAAUAAAAUAAUUUUCGGCUUGAAUAUGUCAGUAUCCCGAAUAAGGAGUUCGGGACAAAGACGAAAGGAACAGCACCAAAGGAUUGAUCUUUCCUCCGAACCCCCUAUUAUUAUACAGUUGGCAAAUUUUCCGGAAGUACUAAUACGCAUAUACUUUUAUGGGCUAAAUGAAUGAUGAAAAAUAUGUACUGGUUAACGAGGUGUAUUAAUGAAGUUGUGCAAUAAAAUUGAUGAAAGAAA